UGUCGCCUCGGAGGGGACCGUCGCAGAGCCUUGUCAUUCCAACCCUGGGAAGCCUGGACUUCUUCUGGCAGAAAUGUCUAAUGCAAAAGAAAGAAAACAUGCUAAGAAAAUGAGAAACCAGCCCACCAAUGUCACUUUAUCCUCUGGCUUUGUAGCUGAUCGAAGCAUGACACAUCAUAAUGGAGGUGGAAAACCUUUUCAAACUCAGAAAUCUGAGCCUCAUUCUGGAAAUUCAAGACAUCGUCACACCAAAAUGACCCACCAUUCGCUGGCUGAUCCUGAUGCAAAUGAGCACUCUUCCUCCAAAGUCACCUUCAAAAAAAAGGGAGGAUGGAAAGCAGGUCCUGAGGGCACUGCUCAGGAGAUUCCCAAGUAUAUCACUGCUGCUACUUUUGCUCAAGCCCGAGCUGCUGAAAUUAGUGCCAUGUUGAAAGCAGUGACCCAGAAGUCCUCUAACUCUCUGGUCUUCCAGACUCUGCCACGUCACAUGAGGCGAAGAGCCAUGAGCCACAAUGUCAAGCGUCUCCCUCGCCGGUUACAGGAGAUUGCCCAGAAAGAGGCGGAGAAAGCAGUCCAUCAGAAAAAAGAGCAUUCCAAAAACAAAUGCCAUAAAGCUAGACGAUGUCACAUAAACCGGAUGCUCGAAUUUAACCGUAGACAAAAAAAGAACAUAUGGCUGGAAACUCACAUCUGGCACGCCAAGCGCUUUCACAUGGUCAAGAAGUGGGGCUAUUGCCUCGGGGAGCGGCCGACAGUCAAGAGCCACCGAGCCUGCUACCGAGCCAUGACCCACCGCUGCCUCCUGCAGGAUUUAUCCUACUACUGUUGUUUGGAGUUGAAGGGAAAAGAGGAAGAAAUAUUAAAGGCACUGUCUUUAAUGUGUAGCCUAGACACAGGCUUGACAUUUGCAGCCGUUCACUGCUUGUCUGGGAAGCGCCAAGGCAGUCUCAUGCUUUAUCGGGCAAAUAAGUAUCCCCAAGAAAUGCUGGGGCCUGCUACUUUUAUCUGGAAGCCAGAGAGGACUCCUGGCGACACUUCAGAAAGCAGGCAGCUGUGGAUCUGGCUUCAUCCUACUCUUAAACAGGAUAUCCUGGAGGAGAUAAAGGCGGUGUGCCAGUGUACACAACCCACCAUCCCGGCUCCCUGCGUCUCUGACCCCUGUUUGACAGCACCCCAAGAAAAAAGCCAAACUGAACUGUCUAAUGAGAAAAUUGGCAAGAAGAGGAAACGGAAGGAUGAUGGAGGAAAUGGUAAACCAAUUAAAAAAAUUUGUGGUGAUGGAACUAGAGAUCCACAACAACCAUAUUCUUGGGUCUCCCCAGCCACCGGCAUUAUAAUCAGUGAUUUGACAAUGGAGAUAAACAGAUUCCGGCUGAUUGGUCCACUUUCACACUCCAUCCUAACGGAGGCACUAAAAACUGCUUCUGUCCACACCGGGGGUGAAGAUGCAGAGAAGACGCCUCACCACUGGUGGAUUGACACCUGUAAGAACCCUGAUAGUGUUUCUCUUCAUCACAGACAAGAAGCCAUUUUUGAAUUGUUGGGAGGAGUAACAUCACCAGCAGAAAUUCCAGCAGGGACUAUUCUAGGACUGACAGUUGGGGAUCCACGAAUAAACUUGCCUCAAAAGAGAUUCAGAGUUUUACCUGAUCCAGAAAAAUGCCAAGAUAAUGAGAAAGUUAGACAGCUGCUGCUGGAGGGUGUGCCUGUGGAGUGUACGCAUAGCUUUAUUUGGAAUCAAGCUAUCUGUAAGAGUGUCACAGAGAAUAAAAUCUCGGAUCAGGAUUUAAACCGGAAAAGAAGUGAAUUGCUGGUGCCUGGGUCUCAGCUUGUUUUAGGUCCCCACGAGUCCAAGAUACCUAUCCUUCUGAUUCAGCAGCCGGGGAAGGUGGCUGGUGACGACCGCCGAGGCUGGGGCAGCGGCUGGGAUGUCCUGCUUCCCAAGGGCUGGGGCAUGGCUUUCUGGAUUCCAUUUAUCUAUCGAGGGGCAAGAGUUGGAGGAUUAAAAGAGGCUCUAGUACAUUCUCAGUAUAAAAGGUCACCCAACAUUCCAGGUGAUUUCCCAGACUGCCCUGCUGGGAUUCUUUUUGCUGAAGAACAAGCUAAGAAUCUUCUUGAAAAGUACAAAAGGCGCCCUCCUGCAAAACGGCCCAACUAUGUUAAGCUUGGCACUCUGGCCCCCUUCCAGAGCCCCUGGGAGCAGUUGACUCAGGACUGGGAAUUCAGAGCUCAGGCCCAAGAGGAGCCUUCCGUAUCUGCCUCCCCCUGUAGUGCGGAGAGCGACUGGAGAGAAGACACAGUGCCUUGCACCGCCACACGUGAGGAGUCUGGCCAGCUGCUCAGUGAGGGGGACAGCCCCGCCAGCCACUCCUGUGAACGGGAAGGAGUGGUGGACACAGAGUGCCCAGACAAGGCGUGGGUGGCAGGCCCAGUCGCCUCGGUUGGUCUCUGUGUUCUCAGGAGCAGAAAAUCCCUGAAGCAACUGUCAGCUUGGUGUGAGCCCAGCUCUGGGGACAGUCGGGCAGCCAGGAGAGCUGCCAGCAGAGGACAGCAGGAGUUGACCAGAGAGGCCUGUCUGGCUAUGUUGGGCCGCUUCCCCAGGGCUCUGGUGUGGGUCAGCCUAUCCUUGCUCAGGAAGGGCAGCCCAGAGCCGCAUACCAUGAUCUGUGUCCCAGACACGGAAGACUUCCUCCGGCUCAGUCACGAUCGGCUCUACCGUGGCCCCCAGGAAACCAAACAUGGCGACCCGUUCAAGAGCGUCAUCCGGAAACAGAAGGAGAUGAAGAAAACAGAGAAGCAGCAGAACUCAGGGUGUGCUGCGUCUGAGGGCCUGGCAGCGGGGGCCCCCGCAGCCAAGCAGCAUGCUCUGACCCUGGGCUUGUGGUCAGGCCCUCUCCCAGCUGUCACUUCUCACUGCUCCAGAGUUCUCCUCGGCUUUGUUACACAGGGAGAUUUCUCCAUGGCUGUGGGCUGUGGAGAAGCUCUGGGGUUUGUUAGUUUGACAGGCCUGCUGGAUAUGCUGUCCAGCCAGCCCGCAGCAGAGAGGGGCUUAGUGUUGCUGAGGCCUCCUGCAUCUCUGCAGUAUCGAUUUGCAAGGAUCGCUAUUGAGCUGUGAGUGCCGUCACACCCACGCGGGUGUGGUAACUGCCAAGCCCCGAAAUGGAGGGAUUUGUUUUCCACAUCUUCUGCUUCAGAAAAUCAUGUGAAAUGUCUUGGGAACAAGAAUUUUAAGUCAUGUAUUAUGCGAGUGGAUGAAAUGUUACAUCACUGCAGUAACCUCAUUGAUUUCUACCUUACCGCCCUUGCUGUAGUACUUUAUUUGACAUAUAUGGCCGAAAGCUUUUAUGAUUUUUCUGGGUCUGUAAUUUCUUGCUGAAGUUAAUUAGAAAUGCUGGUGUUUUCUUGAACCUUUUUUUUUUUUUUUUUAAUUACGAACAAAGGGCUGUCAAGUCUGUUUGAAAAAUCUUGUAGGUAUGUGAUAAGCAAUAGUGGUUAUUCAAUGAUUUGAUGAUUACAGAAGAGGAAGAGAAAUAGGCUCCUGCCUGUUACAUAAAAUGCCCUCCCUCCUCCCUCUCCUUCCCCCCACGUUCAGUGCUGUGUCAGCCUGCCUAUACUUAACACCAGAAAAAGGAAAAUCAUAGAACUCAGCUUUUGCCUCUCCUCAGGCAGGCUCUGUCAUGGCAAGUAUUGGGAUGGAAUUAGAAUGGGGCCUCAUUUUUUAUGACACCCACAUCCUCUUUGUUGUUGACCCACACAUGAUUUUAGAAAUUAAUUUCUCUGUACCAUGAAGGAACAUUUCUCAAAAUAUGUUCUAGGCAAAAAAAAAAAAAAAAAGAUUCCAAGGUCAGAUUGAUUUGGGAAACUCUAGCUUAAACAAAGUUGUGUUUCUUUCUGAAGAACUUCCAGAACCUUCCAUGUGAUAAUGUUCAUUGUGAGUCUCCAGGAAGUAGAAAAUAGGCUAUAGUAUUUUUAAAAUCUCUUUGAUUCCCAAGCCCCUUUGCAAGGAGCACUUUGUGGGAAUAGUGUUCUUGGGAACACACUUUGGUAAAUGUAGCGGUACAGUGCAAUACUUAACCUCUACAAGGUGCUAACUGAAAUACAGGCUGCUGUACACACUGAUGCAAUCACACUGUCCAGCUGAGAUUUCUGGGCAGGGUGUUACAGAAAGGGCUCUUGUCUGGCAGGAACUGAGGUGUCAUCAUUGGCUUUUCUCUUGCAGAGAAACUAGCUUCUCUCUUUUGGUUGCCAUGUAUAUUUAACUUACAACCUCAGUCCGUUAUUGUCCUACCAUAUAUUUCUAGCACAGCUUGAGCAGUUUUUUUUUUUUUUUAAACGUGUAGUUACAUAUUAUUUCAUGUAAAUGCAUUGGGCUUUUGCAGUAACAUUUGUUAAAUGUCUUUGGGAGAGACACAUCGAUAUACAGUAGCCUAUGAAAUGGCUGGUGUUUUUCCUCUCACUGUCUCUGCAUGGAUUUAUGUUCAACCCAAAUGAGACUGGAAAAAAAAACAACCUGUAACAGUGGUGUCUGUAAACAG